CUAAAAUGAUGAAUUGCCAAGACCUGCAGGUCAGUAUCGUUGACAGUGUCCAACAGGAAACAGAUGAUCUUACUAAGCAAACAAAGUUCCAGGGAAAGAGCUACGAGCCUCUACGGCGAUCCAAGAGAAGAUGGGUGAUCACCACCUUGGAGCUGGAGGAGGAAGACCCGUGACCCUUUCCCAAACUCCUUGGUGAGCUGUUCAAUAAUAUGUCUCAUAACAUGUCACUAAUGUAUCUAAUCAGUGGACCUGGUGUGGAUGAAUAUCCAGAGAUUGGUUUGUUUUCUCUAGAAGACCAUGAGAACGGAAGGAUAUAUGUUCACCGCCCUGUUGAUCGAGAAAUGACACCGUCUUUCACGGUUUAUUUUGAUGUUGUGGAGCGCUCAACAGGAAAAAUUGUGGAUAAAUCCUUGAUUUUCAACAUUAGGGUCAGUGGUGUGAAUGAUCAUGCACCCCAGUUUCCAGAGAAGGAAUUCAACAUCACUGUGCAAGAAAACAAGUCUGCAGGGCAACCUAUUUUUCAGAUGUUAGCAGUCGAUUUGGAUGAAGAAAACACUCCAAAUUCUCAAGUCCUUUACUUCCUCGUUUCUCAAACACCAUUACUGAAAGAAACUGGUUUCCGGGUUGAUCACAUUAGUGGAGAAAUACGACUCCCCGGGUGCUUAGAUUAUGAGACUGCUCCUCAGUUUACACUGCUAAUCAGAGCCAGGGACUGUGGAGAACCGUCACUGUCAUCCACGGCCACCGUUCACAUGGAUGUGCAAGAAGGCAACAACCACAGGCCUGCAUUUACACAGGAGAACUAUAAGAUUCAUAUUCCUGAAGGCCGAGUCAGCAAGGGCAUGUUGCGUCUCCUGGUUCGAGAUCGAGAUUCUCCAUUUACAUCAGCUUGGAGAGCAAAAUUCAACACAUUGCAUGGCAAUGAAGAGGGACAUUUUGACAUUUCAACUGACCCUGAGACCAAUGAAAGGAUAUUAAAUGUCAUCAAGCCUUUGGAUUAUGAGGCUCGCCCAGCGCAAAGCCUUGUCAUUGUCGUGGAGAAUGAGGAGAGGCUCUUCUUCUGCGAGAGAGGAAAGCUUCAGCCGCCGAGGAAGGCAGCAGCAAGCGCCACUGUGAGUGUGCAGGUGACAGAUGCCAAUGACCCACCAGCCUUUCACCAGAGCUUCAUUGUCAGUAAAGAGGAGGGUGCCAGGCCUGGGACCCUGUUGGGAACUUUUAAUGCCACAGAUCCAGACAGCCAGAUAAGAUAUAAACUGGUUCAUGACCCAGCAAAUUGGGUCAGCGUAGACGAAAACUCCAGAGCGGUCAUCAUCGUGGAGCCAAUUGACCGAGAAUCCCCUCACGUAAAUAACAGUUUUUAUAUAAUCAUCGUUCACGCUGUUGAUGAUGGCUUCCCACCGCAGACUGCUACAGGGACCCUAAUGCUCUUCCUAUCUGACAUCAAUGACAACGUCCUGGCUCUCCGGCCACGUUCCCGCUACAUGGAGGUCUGUGAGUCUGCCGUGCAUGAGCCUCUCCACAUCGAGGCAGAGGAUCCAGACCUGGAGCCAGUCUCUGACCCAUUUACAUUUGAAUUGGACAAUACCUGGGGAAAUGCAGAGGACACAUGGAAGUUGGGGAGAAAGUCGGGUCAAUCAGUUGAACUUUUAACCUUGAGAAGCCUGCCAUGUGGUAAUUACUUGGUGCCACUCUUCACUGGAGACAAACAGGGACUUUCCCAGAAGCAAACUGUCCAUGUAAGGAUCUGCCCCUUUGCCAGUGGGUUCACGUGUGUGGAGCAUGCAGAUGCAGGAGUGGGGCUUCAUGUGGGAGUCCUGUGCUCUGUCUGUGCAGCCUUUGUGGCUUUGGCAGUGGCUCUGCUUUUCCUGUUGCGAUGCUAUUUUGUGCUUGAACCUAAGAGGCAUGGAUGCUCUGUAUCCAAUGAUGAAGGCCACCAAACACUGGUCAUGUAUAAUGUGGAGAGCAAAGCCACUUCAGCCCAGACAUGGUCAGAUGUUGAAGGCCAGAGGUGGGCUCUGCUCAUCUGCACAGCUGCAGCAGGACCCACGCAGGGAGUUAAGGAUCUCGAGGAAGUGCCUCCAUCUGCAGCGAGUAGGUCAGCCCAAGCAUGCUGUGCUCUGGGGAGUUGGGGUUAUGGCGAGCUCUUUGAGCCAAGAGGUGUGAAGAACAUAUACUCUACUCCUGCUUACCCAGAUGCCACAAUGCACAGACAACUCCUGGCUCCAGUGGAAGGAAGUAUGGCAGAAACAUUGAAUCAGAAACUCCAUGUUGCCAUUGUGCUGGAAGAUGACCCCGGCUACCUACCUCACCUCUACAGCGAGGAGGGGGAGUGUGGAGGGGCCCCAUCCCUCAGCUCUCUGGCCAGCUUGGAACAGGAGCUGCCGCCUGAUUUGCUGGACUCUUUGGGUUCAAAAGUGACUCCGUUUGAGGAAAUAUAUUCAGAGUCAGGUGUUCCUUCCUAAAAAAAAUGUAUAUUUUGGAGAAUUGAAAUAAUUCAUGGAAGGGAAUCACUAUUCAGGGAUUUUUCCCCUUUGCUCUUCUUUUCCCUCCUUAAAAAAAAAAAUUACCUUCUAGUCCUAGGAUGAGGACACAAUAUUAGUUUGAAUUAAAUGCUUUGAUAUUCUCAGACCAGCCAUCUCGAACCAAAGCAAAACCACAAGUUAUGCUUUCUUAAAAUCUGAUUUGUCAUAUUUUCUAGAGAAACUUGAAUUUAAUUGUGUUAUUCUUAGCUUCCACUGGCAGCCUAGCUUUGAGGGUAAAUGAAAAUAUAA